UCACUCCCCCCACUCUCAAAUGCUCCAUUUCUGAAAUAUCUAGGGUUUUGGUCGGCUCUUGGUCCCCUUGUGCUUUUUGUUUUCCUUUAGCUAACAGUUACGAUAUUUGGAAUGUAUGACUUUACUUUUAGAUCUGUUUCCUUUGGGGAUCUUUUUACGAUAAUAACACCACAUUUCUUAGUUCCUUGGGUCUUCCUUCACAUUCUCUCUCUUUAGCUAGGGUUUCUUGGUUUGUAUUGUUUUCCUUUCGUUUCUUGUGUUGUAUUUCUGGUGCAAAUUUUUCGUACGCUGUUUGUUAAUAGUUGCAGUUGAGAUUCGAUAAUUUGUUUCUACGCAUGUAUUGGUGUUCCGACAUUUUGUUGAUAGGAGCAUCAGAUUUUAAUGGAACUAAAUCUCUGGGACAAACAGUUGUCCGCGCAUGAAGUAAAAUCAAUAGUGGUUCUUUAUUUUGCGAUGGAUGCUGCAACAAUGAAGCCGCAACACCGCCCAUUUUCAAUUAAAUUAUGGCCACCUAGCCAAAACACAAGGCAAAUGCUUGUGACGCGCAUUACAGGAAAUCUCACUACAAAGUCAAUUUUCACCCAGAAGUAUGGAACUCUGAGCAAAGAGGAGGCUGAGGAAAAUGCAAAAAAAAUUGAAGAUGUUGCUUUUGUCACUGCAAACCAACAUUAUGAAAUGGAGCCAGAUGGUGAUGGAGGGUCUGCCGUGCAGCUAUAUGCAAAGGAGUGUAGUAAGCUAAUUUUGGAAGUUCUUAAAAGAGGCCCUGCAAAAAAGGAGGAAAGAGAAGUCCUGGUUUCAGAGGAACCUGCUGCAUCCCUUAAUAAAGUUUUUGAUAUAUCUAAAGGCCCACGAUCCUUUAUUGAGGCAUCGGAGGCUGAGAAUAUACUAGGGCCAUUAAAGGAACCGGGAAAUUCAUAUACUAAGAUAUGCUUUAGUAACAGAAGCUUUGGUCCGGAAGCUGCCCGUGUUGCUCAGCCCAUUUUAAUUUCCAUGAAGGAUCAAUUGAAGGAAGUUGAUUUGUCAGAUUUCAUUGCUGGAAGGCCAGAGGAGGAAGCUCUGGAGGUUAUGAAUAUAUUUUCUUCUGCUCUGGAAGGUAGCAUUCUAAGGUCUUUGGACCUCUCAAACAAUGCCUUGGGUGAAAAGGGUGUGAGGGCCUUUGGGGCACUACUUCAAUCACAGAGUUGCUUGGAGGAGCUUUAUCUAAUGAAUGAUGGCAUUUCAGAGGAAGCUGCACGAGCAGUUUGUGAAUUGAUUCCUUCCACAGAGAAGCUUAGGAUCCUUCAUUUCCAUAAUAAUAUGACAGGAGAUCCAGGGGCUCUUGCCAUUUCUGAGGUUCUGAAACGUUCUCCCUUACUGGAAGAUUUUCGAUGCUCUUCUACGAGAGUAGGCACAGAAGGAGGAAUUGCCUUGGCAGAAGCACUUGAGACUUGCACUCAUUUGAAGAAGCUUGACCUGCGAGACAACAUGUUUGGUGUGGAAGGUGGAGUCGCUCUGUGUAAAGCUCUUUCCAAGCAUGCAGGUCUGACUGAGAUUUAUUUAAGUUAUCUGAAUUUGGAAGAUGAGGGUGCUGUUGCCAUAGCCAAUUCUCUCAAGGAAUCGGCACCCCUACUUGAAGUGUUGGACAUGGCUGGAAAUGACAUAACAGCUGAAGCUGCUCCUGAUCUGUCCGCUUGUAUAGCAGUGAAGCAGAACCUUUGCAAGUUGAACUUGUCUGAAAAUGAGCUGAAGGAUGAAGGUGCUAUCCAGAUUAGCAAGGCCUUGGAAGGUCAUAUUCAGUUGAAUGAAGUUGAUAUGAACACCAAUUCCUUAGGAAGGGUUGGGGCUCGGGUCUUGGCACAAGUGGUGGUGCAGAAGCCCAAGUUUAAAUUGCUGAAUAUAGAUGCGAAUUGCAUCUCUGAUGAAGGCAUUGAUGAGGUCAAGAAGAUUUUUAAGAAUUCCCCGGACUUGCUUGGGCCCUUGGAUGAUAAUUGUCCUGAAGGAGGUGAUGAUGAUGAAGAAGAAGAAUAUGGAGAGCAUGAUGGUGAUCAGCAUGACUUGGAAUCGAAACUGAGUAAUCUUGAAGUUAACAGAGAGGAUUAAAGAUUCUCAUAAGUCUCAUGGGAUUCUAUUCUAGCAGAAGUCCCUGGAAGCUAAUUAAUGAAGGAGAAGAUGACAGCAUUUUGGACCGACUGUUCUGUGCAAUCUUAGAAUGCUGACCACAGCAGUGGCUGUGAGCUGCAAUUAGAUUAGUGGGAUCAUUCCAUCAUCUUUUUCGUUAGCCAUUUAUCUCAUUUUGGUUAGUGGGAUAUCAAGAUUCUGUAGUAGAUUAGCUAAUGAUGCUUAGACUUUUUCUUUUUCUUAAUAGACAUUUUAUAUUUUUCA